GUGAUGUACCUGCAGCGGGCGGAGCUCAGCAGAGACAAGGUGUUUCCGAUGCACCCCACCAGUAUUAAUGGAGUAGAGGACAUGUCUACUCUGGCAGAGCUACACGAAGCUGCCAUCAUGCACAACCUCUACCUCCGCUACCAGAAGGACUGCAUCUAUACCAACAUAGGGUCUAUCCUGGCAGCAGUGAACCCCUAUAAGCAGAUCCCAGGUCUGUAUGACCCAGAAGCAGUAGGCCUGUAUAGUAGACACCACCUGGGAGAGCUGCCCCCUCACAUCUUCGCUGUGGCCAACGAGUGUUACCGCUGCCUCUGGAAGAGGCACGACAGCCAGUGUGUUCUCAUCAGUGGAGAGUCAGGAGCAGGGAAGACCGAGAGUACCAAGCUGCUGCUCCAGUUCCUGUCUGUGAUGUCACAGAAGUCCCUGGACACCCCCUCUGAGAGGACCCACAUGGAGCAGGCCAUCGUACAGAGCAGCCCCAUCAUGGGGACGUUUGGGAAUGCCAAGACGGUGUACAACAACAACUCUUCACGCUUUGGGGAAGUUCAUCCAGCUCACUUCUCCCAGAGUGGGAACAUCCAUGGAGGCUGCAUCGUAGACUAUUUACUUGAAAAGAACCGUGUGAGACAGAACCCUGGAGAGAGGAACUAUCAUAUCUUCUAUGCUCUGCUGGCCGGGACAGACAAGGACUCACAGAGAGCCAGGGCGCGAACAGGCCCGGAGUCGUACCGCUACCUGAGUCAGUCUGGCUGUGUGAAGGACAGGGGUCUAGACGACCUGCAGCUCUACGACAGUUUUAUGGAGGCUUUAAAGGUGAUGGAGUUCAGCGAGGAGGAGAUACGGGACGUCUUCAAGCUGCUUUCUGCUGUUCUCCUGAUGGGGAACAUAGAGUUCAUGACGGCUGGAGGAGCACAGAUCACCUCUAAAGGAGUGGUCAGUAAUGUCAGUGAUCUGCUGGGCCUGGACUCGUUCCAGCUGUCUGAGGUUCUGACCCAGAGGUCCAUGAUCCUGAGAGGAGAGGAGAUCUGUUCACCCCUCACUGUGGAACAGGCGGUUGGCUCUCGGGACUCGGUUGCCAUGGCGUUGUACUCCCAGUCUUUCUCCUGGAUCAUCACACGGAUCAACCAGAAGGUCAGAGGGAAGGACAACUUCAAGUCCAUCGGCAUCCUCGACAUCUUCGGCUUCGAGAACUUUGAGGUGAACAGGUUUGAACAGUUCAACAUCAACUACGCCAAUGAGAAGCUCCAGGAAUACUUCAACAAACACAUCUUCUCACUGGAACAACUGGAGUACAACAGGGAGGGGAUCCAGUGGGAAGCCAUAGACUGGAUGGAGAAUGCAGAGUGUCUGGACCUCAUAGAGAAGAAACUGGGCAUGUUGGCUCUGAUCAACGAGGAGAGUCGCUUCCCUAAAGGCACCGACUACACCCUGCUAGAGAAACUACACAGUAGACAUGCCACUAACCACUACUACGUGAAGCCCAGAGUGACAGAUCACCAGUUUGGCAUCAAGCACUACGCUGGAGAGGUUCUGUAUGACGUGAGAGGGGUCCUCCAGAAGAACAGAGACACCUUCAGAGAUGACAUCUUAAACAUGCUCAAAGACAGCAGGCUUGACUUCAUCUAUGACCUGUUUGAGCGUGUUGGGAGCAGGAACGGAGAGGAGACCCUGAAGAUGGGGACGGCCAGACGCAAACCCACCGUCAGCUCUCAGUUCAGGGACUCUCUCCAUUCCUUGAUGAACACACUGAGUGCCUCCAACCCUUUCUUUGUGCGCUGCAUCAAACCCAACAUGGACAAGAACGCCAACAUGUUUGACCCAGAAGUGGUCCUGAACCAGCUGAGGUAUUCUGGGAUGUUGGAGACAGUGAAGAUCCGCAGGGCUGGGUUCCCUGUCCGCAGGACCUUUACAGACUUCUACAGCAGGUACAAGAUGAUCCUGAAAGACAAGCAUCCAACAGACGACCAGAGAGGGAGGUGCACAGAGCUGUUGAUGUCAUACGACCCCGCCAAGAGAGACUGGCAGCUGGGGAAGACUAAGGUGUUCCUGAAGGAAGAGCUGGAACACAGGCUGGAGAAGGAGAGAGAAGAGGUAUGGAGACAGGCGGGCAUGGUGAUCCGGGCACACAUACUCAGCUAUGUGGCAAGGAGGCGCUAUAAGAGGGUUCUGACCAGCACCGUCACCAUACAGAAGUUCUACAGAGCUCACUUCUGGAGACGUGUGUUCCUACGUCUUCGCACUGCAGCUGUCAUUCUACAGAAACACCAGCGUGGUCGGCUGGCCCGAGGCCUCUACCGCCAGCUCUCUGAGGAGAAGAGGAGGAGAGAGGAGGAGGAGAGGAGGAGUCAGAGGGAAGAAGAGUUGAGGAGGAAAGAGGAGGAGAGACUGAGACUACAAAAGGAGCAGGAAGCAGCGAGGAGAAAGGAGGAGGAGGAGCUUUGCAAAGGACAGGAAGCAGAGGAGGAGGAGAAGGCUACAGCCAACAACAGGAUGGAUUCUCCUGCUCCCCUUAAGGAGGUGUCCCUGUCCCACUCCCUGCCCCCCCACACCUCCGAGGAGGAGUCCCGUCAGAUGGAGGAGAUCCUCCGGCUGGAGAAGGAGAUCGAGAUGCUACAGCGCCAGAGGGAGGACGGGGUGUCCAUGUUAGGGGACGGCCUGGGAGGGAGCAGGGAGGAGCUCCGGCAGAGGAGGGACGCAGAGAUCUACCGACUGGAGAAGGAGGCGUCUCGCGUUGCCACCGAGUUCCUGGAGCUCCUGGACUUUGGGGGUCUGGAACAGUGUCUGUCCAGCGAGGAGAACCUCCACGACCCCUCAGACAGCACCGCUCCCGUGGCCCGGGCCGAGGAGGAAGAGGAGGUGGACGAAGGCUUCCAUGCUGAGGAGGAGUGUCCCGGUAGCGGUAUCCUCCUGCUUGACAUCCCUCUCCCCGUGGGGGUUCCUCUGGACCAGGAGGUCUUCUCCACUCUCCCUUCUCCUCCUCCUGCCUUUGCUGAGGGUCUGGUAGCAAAGGCCCUGGCGCUCUCCCAGGCCCUGGCCCUCUCCCAGGCCCCGUGUUGCCCCCCUGUUUGCUCCCCUCUCACCUCUAGUGCCCCUACACACCACCCUGCACCUCCUCUCCCUGCCCUCACCACCGGAGGCGGUAAGGCUCUCUGUCACCAACCCACCAGGAGAAUAGAGGUGGCUCCAGAGACCAACAGAGUACCCAGAAGAGUGGACGUGGUACCCGACAGACCCUGCGCCAGGGUAGAUGUUAUGCCAACUAGAAUAGACGUGGUACCCUCCAGACUCCCAGAGGCUGUGCCAGCCAGGGGAGUAGAGCUAGUGCCCAUUGUGCCCGUCCCAGGGGCCAGGGAGGUCAGGGAGGUCAGAGAGGAGGUCUCGUUCAGCAUCCUACCACACACAGAGUCAUACUAUGACCAGGAGGAGUUUGAGGAGGUGCAGGGGAGUACAGGCUCGGGAGACGCAGCCAGUAUCACGGACGGACAUGCUACUGAUGAGGAGGUGCUAAGGAAAUCAUCCUGUACUCAGAACAGCCUGGACUCCUUCAGAGGCAGCUCAGACUCUUUUAUAGACAGUGACACAAGCAACGAUGGCUAUGUGGACACAGACGAGGAGGUGUCCAAUGGGAGGGUGAACCUACUGAACGGCUCUGGGCCUCCAUACUUCCACAGCUACCUCUACAUGAAGGGUGGUCUGAUGAUCCCGUGGAGACGGCGGUGGUGUGUGUUAAAGGAUGAGGUCUUCAUGUGGUUCAGGGCUAAGCAAGACAGUCUGAAGAGUGGCUGGCUGUCUAAGAAGGGAGGUGGCAUGUCCACUCUGUCCAGAAGGAACUGGAAGCAGCGCUGGUUCGUACUGAGAGAAGAUAAACUCAUGUACUUUGAGAACGACAGCGAGGAGAAACUGAAGGGGACCAUCGACAUCCGCUCCGCCAAGGACAUAGUGGAUAACCAUGCGAAGGAGAAUGCUCUGAACAUCGUGACUGAAGAGAGAACCUACCACAUCUAUGCAGAGACUCCUGAAGAUGCCAGUGGCUGGUUCAACAUGCUGAGUCGUGUCCACAGUGCCAGUCCAGAACAGCUAAUGGAGAUGAACCAUGAGCAGGCCAACCCCAAGAAUGCUGUGGGAACCGUGGAUGUUGGACUGAUCGACUCGGUGUGCGCCUCAGACAACCCAGACAGACCCAACUCGUUUGUCAUCAUCACUGCUAACCGUGUUAUCCACUGCAACACUGAGAUGCCUGAAGAGAUGCACCACUGGAUCGGCCUGCUGCAGAAACCUAAAGGAGACGGCAGUAUAGACGGCCAGGACUUUGUCCUCAGAGGUUGGCUUCACAAGGCGAUCAGGGCUAACAGCACUAAUCUGAAGCUGAAGAAGAGAUGGUUUGUUUUAACCUCCAACUCUCUGGACUACUACAAGUCUUCAGAGCGCAGUGUGUCCAAGCUGGGGACCCUGGUCCUCAACAGUCUCUGCUCUGUGGUCCAGCCCGACGAGAAGGUCUUCAAGGACACAGGUUACUGGAACAUCAUCGUACACGGGCGUAAACACUCGUACCACCUCUACACCAAACUACUGAACGAGGCUAUGCGCUGGGCGUCGGCCAUACAGGGGGUUAUCGACAGCAAGGUUCCCAUAGAGACACCCACACAGCAACUCAUCAGGGACAUCAAGGAGAGCAGUCUGAACGUGGAGGCUGUGGAGCAGAUGUAUUGGAGGAACCCUAUCCUCAGAUAUACCCAGCACCCUCCACUCCCCCUGCUGCCUCUACCUUACGGGGAGGUCAACAUCCACCUCCAAAAGGAGAAGGGCUAUGCCAGCCUGCAGGACGAGGCAGUGAAGAUCUUCAACUCUCUGCAGGAGAUGGAGGCUGUGUCCGACCCGGUGCCGAUCAUCCAGGGCAUCCUCCAGACCUGCCAGGACCUGCGCCUGCUCAGAGACGAGGUCUACUGCCAGCUCAUCAAGCAGACCAAUCACGUGACUCAGCCCAACAGCUCGGCCAAUCGCGCACACUGGCACCUCCUCACCUGUAUGAGCUGUACCUUCCUGCCCAGCCGGGGCAUCCUGCGCUACCUCAAGUUCCACCUCAAAAGGGUGAAGGAGCAGUUUCCUGGAACAGAGGUGGACAUGUUUGCCCAUUUCAUAGGUGAGUCUCUGAAGAGGACCAAGGUCAGGGAGUAUGUUCCGUCUCAGGAGGAGAUCGUAGCCUUACUGACCAGGCAGGAAAUGGCUACUACGGUCUACUGCCACGGAGGAGGAUCCUGCAAGAUCUCCAUCAACUCACACACCACCGCCGGAGAGGUGGUGCAGAAGUUGAUCCGAGGCCUGGCCAUGGAGGACAGUAGAAACAUGUUUGCCUUGUUCGAACACAACAACACUAUGGACCGGGCUGUGGAGAGCAGAGUCAUCGUAGCUGACGUACUCGCCAAGUUCGAGAGGCUGUCAGGCAGUGAGGAGGUGGAGGAGGAGGGACAGUGGAGGCUCUACUUCAAACUCUACUGUUUCCUGGAUGUAGAGAGCAUGCCCAAGGAAGGGGUGGAGUUCGCUUUCAUGUUCGAACAGGCCCAUGAGUCUCUGACCAACGGUCACUUCCCGGCCCCAGAGGACACCCUGCAGCACCUGGCUGCUCUCAGGCUCCAGUUCCUUCACGGGGACAAGGCCCGGGUCAGCUGGUCUCUGGACAACGUCUACCCUGUAGGGAGGCUCCGUGCACGCAUCCUGCACUUCACCAAGGUGGGUGCGGCUGGAGUGGCGGGGCCUGUGGGCCACACCCUUGAGCGGAGGCGGACCAGCUUCCUGGAUGGGACCCUGCGCCGCAGCAGGCUGAAGACGGGCUCCAUGAAGAAACAGAAGAUGGAGGAGGAACAGAUGCUGGAGAUGUGGGUGAAGGAGGAGACUUCAGCCACCAGAACCUCCAUCGUAGAGAAGUGGUCCAGACUCCAGGGACUGGACCAGCACACUGCCAUGCUCAAAUACAUGACCAUCAUCAAGGAGUGGCCCGGAUAUGGGUCCACACUGUUCGACGUGGAGUGUAAAGAGGGAGGCUUUCCUCAUACCUGGCUGAGUGUGUGCAGAGACGUGUCGGUCUCAGGGAAACCAACCUCUAGAGACAUUCCCCUUCACAGACACAUCAUCUUCUUCGGCGCUCCGCAGGCCGCUACCUAUAAGAUCACAGUGGACGACAGAGAGAUGUUCUUUGAGACACCUCUGGUUGGAGAGAUCACCAAGAUCAUGAAAGCCUACAUCAACACGAUAGUGAAGAAGAGAUGCAGUGUCAGAUCUGUGUCCAGCUACGGAACCAACUGGAUCAGGUAAUUAGGGGGACGGGACCCGGACAGAACACAGCCCAGUUGGCUUCCCACCGCCUCUGAACAGAAGGCUAAAAGGCUAGCACUGCAAGGCUAACCAGCAGGGUCCAUGAAGACAGGAAGGACUGUUCUCCUCAACUCAGAUGUCUGGAUAACUGAAGUAAGGCUGAUAUUCAGUUACUCAAGAAGCUCGUCCAACUCCGGUGUCCCCCAGUGUGUACGCCAAGCCAACAUUCAGAACAUUCUACAAUACGUCGAGCUGAAGGCUCCACUGCUUUCCCCAACCGUUGCAUAUUGCUUUUCUACAGCUGUCGACAAGAGUGGAUACCGCGUUAAUUUCUGCCAUUUUUUAAAUCAACUUAUCAAUAGUAUGGACCGAUCACGAUGUCGCAUCAAAUGAACUUUUGCAUCAAGUUGUACCAUUUCAAAUACCUUUCCAAUGGAUUGAGAUUCAGAUUGAGUGAGAAAUGUCCCUGACUAGCUACCCUUCCUUAUCAGAAUGUUUUUAUUAUUAUUAUUAUAACAUAUGUUAAUGUAUGGGCACCCAACUAUACCGGUAUAUAUUUACAAUGAGAAGAAGUUAUUUGUCUAAGUAGGGUUGAAAUACUUCCCCUCAGGUUUGACGAGCAAUAGGAGUUGAUUCCCAAACCAACCACCGACCCGGGGAGUUGAACCUCUUUACAUUUGAAUGCCUUAAAUAGUUUCACUGCUUCCAUCCAUAUUGUUAUUUGUUUAUUUUGGGCUAUAAGUCAUAGUUUAGCCUUUCUGGAAUGGCGUCCCCAAGCCAGGGUUAUGUCAGGGUUAAUAACCAGUUAUAACACUAGUGGCAGAGGCUGCUAUUCUAUAGCCUGGUCCGAGAUCGGUUUGUGCUUUUGCCUACUCUGAUUAUCAAGCUAAACAUGUUUGGAAUGACAAUUCCAUAAGCUGGUACCCAAGCUAGCCAUUCUACCCAGUGCCUGAGAAGCAGGUUUUAACUCUGGUGAAAUGACACUUGCCUUUUAUAAAUCAAAUAUGACUAGAACAAACUAAUACAGGCGGCAGGUAGCUUAGUGGUUAAGAGCGUUGUGACAGUAACCGAAAGGUCGCUGGUUCUAAUCC